CCCGGGAAGCCAUUUUGGAUAUCUGCUUGUUGUGCACUAGCAUAACACUCCUGAGCCACUUGCAAACUUUUGUGUUUUUUGAAUUAGAAAAACAACGUUUGGGAUCUGCGGGUGCGCAGUAAUAAAUAAUCUUCGGGUUUCCGUGCGUCGGGAUGCUGGCAGAAGUUUGCGCAUCUUCCGUGGCAGUAAUGUGUGGACCUUUUUCCUCUGGAUUACGCUCUUAAAGAAUAAUAACAUACAUGGACUCUUACCACGCGGUCUAAACAAAGAAGAAUGACCAUGGAUUUUUCCCAACUGCACACAUAUACGCCGCCACAGUGUGCUCCAGAGAACACCGGCUAUACCUACUCUCUCAGCUCCAGCUACUCCUCAGCAGCGUUGGAUUUUGAGAAGGAGCACCAGAUUGCUGCCGUGUACGAGUCGCCCAGGAUGUCACGGCGGAGCCUGCGUCUGCAGACCGGUGCUGGUCACUAUGGCAACGAGAGCCAGGCUGAUUACUCCCAGAACUACAGCAACAGCAGCAGCAGCUACACCAGCACCAGGAGAGAGACACGGACACUGCGCAGCAAAAAGCAACAGUCCAGUUCCACGCCCCUGUCUUUAUCCUUGAGCCAAGCUGCCACACCGAGGAAAACCCUCUCCUUCUCAGCCGUUAAUACCCCAAUUCACAGCAGCAUCAUUCAGGAAAGCAACACAGCGUCCGAUGCCUCUCAGCUCAACUCCAUCCUGGACCAGUCCCAACUGAGACAACGCACCAUCACCACAACCACAACCACCACGUCUACUGCUGUGGAUGGACACUGGGGGAGGAGCUCCAGCAGAGACCACAGUUCGUCAAGUGUCAACGGCGAUGCCAGCGCAUCGAAGUCCCACACCUCACUCGCCAAUGGUUACAUCUGCAAAGACUGCUCUUUUCACGCUCAGAAGACGGACUGCUCUAUUACACGUUCUUCAGCAUCAUUAUCAUCAUCAUCAUCUCAGGCUGCAGAAGCUUCCUCUGACGCCCUCUCCUCCUCCUCCACCUCAUCACCUUUCACAAGUAUAUACACAAGAGACAGGAGUCGAAGGAGCAAGACAGGUGUCCUGGUGUCUAUGUCUAACACGUGUAUGCGCUACAGCAAACGAGCCCUGGCCCCCAUAGUGUCCUUAGUCACCCUGCUCUUCAACAAUGUGCUCUGGCUGGGUUCAAGGGCCAAGAGCCCUCUGGGAAAAGGUGUCCUUGCAUCAUUCUCGGACUCGAUGAGACAAGUGGUGUCCUCCAGUUUGUCCCAACUGUGGCUGUUUAAGCAGACCACUCUCCACAGGAUGAUGGGCUACAGGGCUAAUGGCUAUGAAGGACAAGCUCACUCAAGUUUCUGUGGAAGCAUGAACGUGAAGGAUCUGGUGACUGAAGAUGCUUCACAUCUUAAUCUCAAUGGUUCCCUGUGCGAUGACUGUAAAGGGAAGCAGCACUCAGAGACACACACCGUCCUUCUUACACAGUCCUCCAGGCCCCGACGCCUGGCGGGGGCACUGUGGAGCGUCCUAGCUUACACAGGUCACUGCCUCCUCCAGCCAGGUUACUGUGUGGUGAGAGCAGGCAAAGCGCUGGGAUCAGGGGUUGGGACAGUGGUGCAGAGGCUGCUCUCACUGUUCUGGAUGCUCCUGGCAGCUCCAGUGAAGGCAGGCAGGGGACUUCUGUGGUUUCUCGCAGCAGGAUGGUACCAGCUGGUGUCUCUCAUGUCUGUCCUCAACGUCUUCUUUCUGACACGAUGCCUUCCCAAACUUUGGAAGCUGCUGCUGCUCCUUUUGCCCCUGUUGCUCCUCCUUGCUUUAUGGUUGUGGGGUCCGUCCACUGCUGCCCUGCUCGCCUACCUCCCAGCCAUAAACCUAACCGAGUGGCGUCCUGCGUCCCCCCUCACCCUCCUGUCUAACUUGGUGCCAGCUUCUGCUCCAGCUCCUGCCUCAGUCCCCGUCCCUGCACCAGAGACUCCAGUGGAGCUGACCCCAGCCACCCCAGUCUCACAGGCACCACCGUUCCUCCCCCCUGUGGCGGUCUCUGGUGUGGAUUUGGAGCGACUGGAGCAUGUGGAGCGCCAGCUAGCCCUGCUGUGGGAGCGAGUCCAGCAGGAUGACCAGAAACAGGAGCAGCAUCACGGGGACGUUAUGGGUCUCUACAGCACCCUGAAGGAGCAGCUCCACACUCAGACAGAUAGGGAGAGCCUGGGACUGUGGGUGUCCUCCCUGCUGGAGCAGAGACUCGGCGUGUUACGGGGAGAGCUGGAGCAGGAGAACACACAGAGAGCACAGAGUGCAGAGCAGCAGAAACAGCACCAGGACGAUCAGGCGACACGGCUGGCUGAAUUAGAAUUGCUGCUCAAGACUCUGAAUGCCAAGACCCAGGAGGUGCAACAGAAACAGCAGCGGUAUGAGCACGAGAAGCAGGAGAGGGAGAAGGUGGUUGUCACUACAGCAGCGGACACAGUUCCUGUCAGUGUGGGAGUGAAGCAGGAGGAACAUGACGCUCUGCUGGCGGAGGUGCAGAGGCUUGAGGUGGAGCUGGGCAAAAUUAGACAGGACCUGCAGGGCGUUCUGGGAUGCAAGGGCAAGUGUGAGCAGUUGGACACACUGCAGGAGACCAUAUCAGCCCAAGUGUCCUCCCAGGUGCGUAAGGAGUUGCAGACCCUGUUCUUUGGCAGUGGUGGGCCGGGACAGGAGCAGGGAGAGGUGCCCGAGUCUCUGAUCCUCUGGCUGUCCCAGCGCUACGUGAGCACUCCCGACCUGCAGGCCUCCCUGUCCUCACUGGAGCUGAGCAUCCUGAGAAAUGUUUCCCAGCAGCUGGAGCUGAACCGGGCCCAAACUGUGGGUGAGGCCGAGGCCCAAGCUAAGACCAUUGUUCAGACAGUAACCGGGACUGUCCAGCACACUGCUGCUGCUGAGGGAAUGACGGAGGAGCAAGUGAAGGUGAUUGUUCAAAACGCUUUGAGGCUCUACUCCCAGGAUCGAACAGGCUUGGUGGACUACGCCCUGGAGUCUGGAGGUGGCAGCAUCCUCAGCACUCGCUGCUCCGAGACAUACGAGACCAAAACGGCCCUCAUGAGUCUGUUCGGCCUGCCGCUCUGGUACUUCUCCCAGUCUCCACGUGUUGUCAUCCAGCCCGAUGUGUACCCGGGUAACUGCUGGGCGUUCAAAGGCUCUCAGGGUUACCUGGUGAUCCGCUUGUCCCUGAGGAUCCUGCCCAUAUCCUUCUGCGUGGAGCACAUCCCCAAGGCCCUGUCACCGACUGGAAACAUCACCAGCGCCCCACGCAACUUCACCGUUUUUGGUCUAGAUGAUGAGUAUCAGGAAGAGGGGAAGCUGCUGGGGCACUACAUAUACGAGGAAGAUGGGGAGUCACUGCAAACCUUUCCUGUUAGGGAGCAGAAUGACAGAGCCUUCCAGAUCAUUGAGGUGCGGGUGCUGUCUAACUGGGGUCAUCCAGAAUACACCUGCAUGUAUCGCUUCAGAGUCCAUGGAGAACCUCGGCCUCAGUGAACCAACCACGACCGUACACACUCAUAUAUGACAUAUCACCCUAUCUGUACAUAGCUCUCGCCAACUUCUUUAAAGCAGAGGGGACUCGGCAGUACUCUUUUUGUACGAAAGACGUGAAGACGCUGAAGUUGUGGAUUGUUAAAGGAAUGUGCCCAGACUGAAUCGUGAAAUGUGUUUUGUAAUAUUGAAAGAAUCACAGGAAAGUCUGUAUGUGGACUGAUCACAGGAGAAGAAAAGAA